AUGGCUCCAGCGAACCCCGUCGCAACCAAGGACAAAUACUCGGUCAUCCUGCCGACCUACAAUGAGCGCCGAAACCUGCCCAUCAUCACCUGGCUGCUCAACCGCACCUUUACCGAGAACAACCUCGACUGGGAACUCGUGAUCGUCGACGACGGCUCGCCCGAUGGGACGCAGAAGGUAGCAGAGCAGCUGGUCAAGGCAUACGCGCCACAUGUGAUACUCAAGACACGCUCGGGAAAGCUGGGACUGGGCACCGCCUACGUGCACGGGCUGCAGUUCGUGACGGGCAACUUCGUCAUCAUCAUGGAUGCCGACUUCAGCCACCACCCCAAGUUCAUCCCGCAGAUGAUCGCGCGACAGCGGGAGGGCGGCUACGACAUCGUCACGGGGACGCGGUAUGCCGGCGACGGCGGCGUGUACGGCUGGGAUCUGAAGCGCAAGUUCGUCAGCCGCGGCGCGAACCUGUUCGCCGACACCGUGCUGCGCCCUGGCGUCAGCGACCUCACCGGAAGCUUCCGCCUCUACCGCCGCGCAGUCCUGCAGCGCGUCAUCGAGCGCACCGAGAGUAAGGGUUACACAUUCCAGAUGGAGAUGAUGGUCCGUGCCAAGGCCAUGGGCUUCAGCGUCGCCGAGGUGCCCAUCUCCUUCGUCGACCGCCUCUACGGCGAGUCCAAGCUCGGUGGUGACGAGAUCGUCGAGUACGCCAAGGGAGUCCUGAGCCUGUGGCUAAAGGUCUGA